AUGUCUUCUGUCGAAUUCGCUAUAGGAAAACCACCGUGUGAGCAUGAAGAACCCGAAACGGUUGAGGAGUUCAAAAACCUAGUUCGAAGACAUCACGAAAACACACGUGGGCAACAUGAGGAAAAAAAGACAGCUGAAGAGCCUUGCCCGAACUGCUCAUGGGUAAUUAUUCAGAAAGACGAUGCAAUAAACCGAUUCGGCAAUUCAGUCAAGGUUCGCAGACUUCUGAGACUUGGAGGUCAUCAGGCUCUGGCUCUCAGCGACGAUGUCGAACAGUACCUCAGAUCAUCAAAAACGAAACUGACAGAGGACGAAAUCGCCGCAUGUGAUGAGUUCCGCCUACUAAAGAGCAAAGCUGCUGAUGGCGGGCUUUUGGGACGACUUGGGGCUAUCAACGCCGCCGACGUUGUCAAGCCUGAAGAGAUGCAAUACUUGAUCCACCUGUUCCUUAGGAUCUUCUUCCAGAUCAUCUGUCCCGCGAAGACGAGGAUUAGGUUCUGCUGGGAGUCAUACACUGACAGAUUCGGCGACUUUUCUCUUCUACCCCUGUACCCGAGGAUUACUUUGGCGUCGGUUGAAUAUUCACUGGUUCCCCAUGGGGGCGGACUCAGUGCAAGAACAAGGAGUCGACUUGGCACUCUGCUCCAUGAGGUGGUGCAUGCGUUUGUUGAACUAUAUGUUUGCCGCACGUGUGAAGAUAUCGAGCAGGUUAGUGGACAUGGGAGAGUAUGGCAGAGACUUUCGAAUUGGAUCGAGCAGACUGCUCUUCGCCGCAUUGGGGUUUCACUGGAAAUAGGUGGGUUUGAUGAGAUAAAAGUACAUUGGAGUGAGAUUGAGCACUGGCCUACGCUCGAGGAGGUCGAGACUGAGUGGGGACUGGAAUGA